AUGCAGCCCCAGCGACGCCUGCGUGAGUCCCUCACGCCCCAGCAGCUGCGUGAGUGGUACGCUGGUUGGGGCUGUAGGGGUGGCGACGCUACUCCUACUUCCACUCCUGCUGCUUCUACUCGUGGUGGCGGCCAGAUGCAGCUCCCGCGACCCUCUCGCGUGUCUCUCACGCCUCGCCAGCUUCGUGAGUGGUACGCUCAGAGUGGAGGGUCUCUCAGUGCUGUUCGCUGCUCUUACGUGAUUCGCACUGGUACUCGGACUGGUCAGCCUUGUGGGACACGUAGUCAUACACCGUCCCGCUGCUUCGCCCGUCUGAGCGACGCCUGGCGUACCGUGUUUGGCGACGAGGCUGAGCUUCCCGACUGGGUGGAGUUGCUUAGGCAGAGGGUAGAUAUAUAUGCUCUUGACUAUGAUGCUAUUCUCACUGCCAUGUAUGCAUUGCCUACUAGUGCUGACCGUGCCGGUCACCUGUGCGUCCCGCCUGACCCAGGUAUAGGACCUGCUGCUCUAGCUACUGGUGAGGCUGCUGCUCUGGGUGCUAGUGAGUCUCCUGCUCCAGGUACAGGUGCGGCUGCUGCUCUAGGUGCUCGUGAGUCUGCUUCCUCAGGUGCGGGUGAGGCUGCGCUCUCAGGUACCGCGUUGGCUUCGGCCUCCCUCACCUUUACACUUGACUCUGGGGCUUCUCGCUCCUUCUUUCGGGACCGCACCACACUCACGCCGCUUGGUCGGCCGGUUGCAGUCUCCCUGGCUGACCCCUCUGGGGGUCCUGUCCUCGCUCACUUCUCCACUGUCCUCCCGUGUCCGGCUGCCCCCUCGGGCACCCUGUCUGGCCUGUACCUCCCCUCGUUCUCGACGAACUUGGUGAGUGGUGCAGACCUACAGGAUGCGGGGGUUCACCAGUUCACUCCUGCGAGUCAGCGGGUGACCCACUGCACGGACGCACGCACAGGCCGGCACCUGGCCACGUUCUCGCGUCGGCCGGGGUCGAGCCUCUACACCCUGACCACUGAGUCUCCUCCUGUCCCCGCGUCCGGUCAGGUAGCAGCGUCGGGUCAGGUGUUUGCUGCUGCGUCCAGUCUCUCCCUCCUCUCCCCUCCGGGCCAGGACCUUCCUGUGUCCCCUGUGUCGAGGGUCGCCUCCGGGCUACUCCUCACUCCUCCCACUUCCCCCCCGACAGAGGCUCCCCUGCAGACGCUUCACAUGGAUGUGUGGGGCCCAGCCCCCGUCCGUGGGCAGGAUUACGAGCGCUACUUCCUGUUGGUGGUUGACGACUACUCGCGUUACACCACAGUCCUCCCCUUGCGCAGCAAGGGUGCGGUCACUGAGGUGCUGAUCGACUGGAUCCGCGAGGCUCGUCUCCAGCUCAGGAAGAGCUUCGGCUCGGACUUUCCUGUUCUGCGUCUGCACUCGGACAGAGGCGGAGAGUUCUCCUCUGGCCUUCUGCGUGCCUACUGUCGUGCGCGAGGCAUCCGCCAGUCCUUCACGCUUCCGGACUCACCACAGCAAAAUGGGAUUGCUGAGCGCCGCAUUGGCAUGGUCAUGGAUGUCGCUCGUACGUCCAUGAUGCAUGCGGCUGCCCCCCAUUUUCUGUGGCCGUUUGCGGUGAGGUACGCGGCGCAUCAGCUCAACCUUCACCCCCGGGUCUCUCGGCCUGCGAUGUCCCCAGCCUUGCUGUGGACAGGGAAGGUUGGCGAUGCGUCUGUGUUCCGUGUCUGGGGAUCUCGGGCGUUUGUCCGCGACUUGUCUGCGGACAAGCUGUCCCCUCGUGCUGCUCCCUGUGUCUUCCUUGGCUUCCCCACUGACGCCCCAGGGUGGCAGUUUUACCACCCCUCCUCUCGUCGUGUUCUGUCCUCCCAGGACGUCACGUUCGACGAGUCAGUCCCCUUCUACCGUCUCUUCCCCUACCGCACUCCUUCCCUCCCCCCUCCCCCGGACUUCCUUGUGCCGGUUCCCCCCCCGGUAGACCCCCUCCCCCCUCAGGUUCCUGCCCCCUCAGGUGUGUCCCAGGUAGACGCCGUUGACCCGGUCGAGGUUACAGGUGACUCUGGUGCUGCUGCGGGUGCUGAGCCUGAGGGUGCUGACUCUGGGGGUGCUGUGCGCGGGGGUGCUGAGCCUGGGGGUGCUACUGCUGGGGGUACUGGGCCUGCGGGUGCUACUGCGGAGGGUGCGGAGCCUGGGGGUGCUGAGCCGGGGGGUGCUGUGCCUGGAGGUGCUGGGCCUGGAGGUGCUGGGUCUGGGGGUGCUGGGUCGGGAGCUGCUGAGCCUGGGGUUUCUCCUGCUGCUGCGUCUCGCCGGGAGCCCCUCUCUCCACAGGAGCUGCGCGAGUGGUUCGCUCGCCGCUGGAGGCGUGCUGCUGAGUCUGGAGGUGCUGCUGGAGCUGGAGCUGGAGCUUCUUCGACCGUCGAGGGUGCGGGUGCUGCCGGUCCCGGAGCUGCUGGACCUGCGGGUCCUCUUGGAGCUGGAGCUGCUGAGGGCGUUGGUGCUGAGCCUACUGCUGUUGGUCCUGCCGAUGGAGGUGUGGGUGGCGCUGGUGCUGUCGCUGAGGGUGCUGGUGCUGUCCCUGCUGCGUCUGGAGCUGCUGAGCCUGGGGUUUCUCCUGCUGCUGCGUCUCGCCGGGAGCCCCUCUCUCCACAGGAGCUGCGCGAGUGGUUCGCUCGCCGCUGGAGGCGUGCUGCUGAGUCUGGAGGUGCUGCUGGAGCUGGAGCUGGAGCUUCUUCGACCGUCGAGGGUGCGGGUGCUGCCGGUCCCGGAGCUGCUGGACCUGCGGGUCCUCCUGGAGCUGGAGCUGCUGAGGGCGUUGGUGCUGAGCCUACUGCUGUUGGUCCUGCCGCUGGAGGUGUGGGUGGCGCUGGUGCUGUCGCUGAGGGUGCUGGUGCUGUCCCUGCUGCGUCUGGAGCUGCCGCGCGGCCUCGGCCGUCCUUCGUUCCGCUCCUGCAGCAGGUUCUUGGUCUUUCUCCUCCACUAGAGGGUCCACCGCCUGUCCAGUCGCAGUCUCUGCUGGAGCCUUCCUCUCCACUGCCUGCUCCCUCUCCUUACACUGGUCCUACUGGAGGUCUUGCUGAGCGUCGUGAGCCUGCGUCUCGUCCCGCGUCACCUGUUCGUGCUGCUCGCGCUAGUGGUCGCAGUUCGCGUCAGCGUCCUCCUCCUGUCCCUGGCACGCACCGGAUGUCUUUGCGUCCGUCCACUGCUCCUCUGCGUGCCCCUUUGCCUUCUCCUCCUGAGUCCUCUCUUCCUGCGCUUGCCGACCCUGAGUCGGACUCUCUUCGUGCUGCCAGCCCUACUGUCACGCGUCUGCUUGCUACUGUCGUCACUGACCCCUCUUUUGAGUCCACUGCUGCGUCUGCUCUAGUCGCUGAGCUCGUCGACUUUGCUGCUCGCUGUCGUCUCGACUACGCUGCUAGUCUUGUUGCUGAGUCUGCGUCUGUCUGUCCUCCGUCCGUCGGGGGUGAGUGUGCUCUUAGCACGGACGUCCUAGAGGACAGGCAGGAGGAGUUACAGUGUCUAGCGGCUGCUUCACCUCAUCUCGCGUCUGUUCUGCUUGCCCCUGAGGGAGACCCGGAUGCACUAGACAUCCUGACUCCGCGUUCUUACGCGGAGGCCGUAGAGGGUCCCUACUCCUCUCAGUGGCAGGCAGCUAUGGAUGCAGAGAUGGCUUCCUGGAAGUCCACAGGCACCUACGUUGACGCGGUUCCCCCUCCUGGGGCGAACAUCGUCAGUGGCAUGUGGAUCUUCAGGGUGAAGCGACCGCCGGGCUCUCCACCUGUCUUCAAGGCACGGUACGUUGCUCGUGGCUUCAGCCAGCGGCAGGGAGUUGACUACUUUCAGACCUUCUCUCCCACCCCGAAGAUGACUACUCUUCGGGUGCUGCUGCACAUAGCCGCUCAGCGCGACUACGAGCUUCACUCUCUCGACUUCAGCACUGCGUUCUUGCAGGGUAGCCUGCACGAGGAGAUCUGGCUUCGCCGUCCACCUGGCUUCACUGGGACUUUCCCUCCUGGCACCCAGUGGAGCCUCCGACGGCCAGUCUACGGUCUCCGCCAGGCACCGCGUGAGUGGCACGACACACUGAGGACUACGCUUGCGGCUCUUGGGUUUGCUCCUUCUACUGCUGACCCGUCGCUGUUUCUUCGCACCGACACUUCCCUGCCGCCGUUCUACAUCCUCGUGUACAUCGACGACUUGGUCUUUGCCACAGCGGACACUGCUGGACUCGCCUACGUGAAGUCCGAGCUGCUGAAGAGACACACGUGCACUGACCUGGGUGAACUGCGCAGCUACCUUGGCUUGCAGAUCACUCGGGACAGAGCACGCCGCACCAUUACCUUGACUCAGUCACACAUGGUGCAGCAGGUCCUUCAGCGCUUCGGCUUUACGUACUCCUCGCCUCAGGCCACUCCUUUGCCUACUCGCCACUCACUCUCAGCUCUGCCUUCGGAUGAGUCCGUAGAGUCGAGUGGUCCGUAUGCAGAGCUUACCGGAGCACAUGGCUGCAGCGAAGAGGGUAUUGCGCUACCUGUGCAGUACGUCGGGCAUGGGGCUAGUGCUUGGAGGGCGGAGUCCAGUGGUCCUUACCGGCCACGCGGACGCUUCUUGGGCUGA